GCGGCGGCCCUUCGACGCCGAGCCGACGCCAUGGCUGACGUCCUCACGCUGGACAUCGCGGACCCCCAGAUCCUGGUGCGGUACGAGAACGUCCCGCACGGCUUCUAUUGGCACCACCGCGUGCUUUUGUUCAGGGUGAGCGAAGACAUCUGGAUCUGCCUCAUCCCCGACCACGACCUGGUCCGCAUCAAGCUGCUGGAUGUGAGGCACGAGGUGCUCGAGAGGAGGGCUCCCUUCCCCGCGCACCUGGCGAACCAGGUGUACGCCCACGACCCGAUCGCCGGGGCAGCGCUGGCCGCCUUCCGUCGCCGCGCGAAGCUGCAGGGACAGCUGCUCGGCGUCGGCCAGGUAGACGCCAUCGAGCGGAUGAUCUGGGUGGUGGCCGAGCCGCGCUCCGAGCGCUUCGGCGAGAUCGUCGACGCUGCGGUCAUGGAUGAUGAGAACCGCGGCACAGGCUUCGACCAGAAGGGCGUGGCCGUCUUGGACGGGGGGGAGGUCUUCGUGCAGAAGAUCGCGGCGAGCAGCCUGGCGGGCUCGGCGGUCAACCACGUGCAUCGGAACCUGUGCGAGGUGAUCCGCCUCAUGCACUCGUGGGAUCAAGUGGAUCUCUCCAUGCUGGCCUCCGCCGAGUUGUUGGUGCGCUGGAUGAUCCCGACGGAGAUUGCGGUAGAGCGCAACCCGCGCCAUCCAGACUACAGCGGCCUCGACAUCGUGAUCUCCGCGCCUGUGAACGCCGUGGGCCGCGCCUCCAUCUCGAGGUUCAACACCUGGGUCACGGACAGGCUCGAGGAGCGGGCGACGAUCUGGAAGCAGGAGCGGCUCUACCGUGAGGAGCAGAAGCAGGUGCGCAAGGGCGACGGCAAGGGCGGCGACAACACUGAGCUCGCCAACCCGAAGAGGCGCCCGAAGAAGGCGAAGGGAGGGCUUGCCGCCUCCAGCCCAGGAGGCAUCAGGUCGCGCGAUCGACGGCAUGGAGACCCUUUCCCGCUGCCCUGCGAUCCUGCUGGCCUCGGCGCUGCAUGCGACGCCGCGCGGCUUCGGCAAGUUUUUGACUCGGUUCGGGCCCUGGACCAGCUUGCUGCCGCCAACCUGAAUUCACGUCGCGCCCAGGGGCACGACUUACCACCUGAGGGCCACCUCCGGCCCACCGCCGUGCAGCGCUGGGUGCUCCAGAACGUCGCGCGGCGGGUCGAGGCGUAUGGGGCUUGCCCAACUGACCUUACAGAGGAAUCAUCCCUGGCGGAGAUCCUCGACUCAAGAGACCACUGCGGCAUGGAGCCCAAGAACUUGGCCAGCUUCGACUUCGACAAGGUCAAGAUCCUUCACAGGAAGGUCCACGUUCGACCAAUUCGUCGAGAGCUUCCUCCUGCGGCGCUUGGCUACAUCAGGCACGCGUCCGAUCUGAUCGAGAGGGGCGAGGCGGAGCUUGAAAAGGACCGAGCCGAAGGGGAGGGCUUCUCGCCUUACUGGGAUCCCCGACUUCGGCGCUCGCGAGAUCUACGGAAGCGGCUGUGCCAGCGCUUGAGCCAGCAGGGCCUGCUGACCUGGCGCCGGCUGCUGAAGGGGCGCGCGGGCAUCUUCGUGGUUAAGAAGGAAGAUGGGCUUCAGAGGCUAAUCAUCGACGCCCGAGCGGCGAACAGAGCACAUCGGCUACCGCCAACUACACGGAUCGGCUCGUCACGCUGCAUGGCCGACCUGGAUCUCUCCGACCCCCGCUUGAAGGCUUCUGGCUUCGGUGGCGUGGGCUCUGGGACCGCCGCUAGUCCUGCUGGGCUGGAGGGCGACGUCGGGGACUGCUUCUACAACUUCGCGAUCCCCGAGCUCGCCUCCUGGUUCGGCUUCGAGGACCGCUUCGACACCGCUGAGCUGGAGAGCAUGGGAUGCCGAUCGGCUACGAUCUGGGACGACGCCGAGGGGGCCGAGACCAAGGUCGUGGACGGGGAGGUGCUCUACCCCUGCAUGGCCGCCGUGUGCAUGGGCUGGUCGUGGGCGCUGUACUUCGCCAGUGAGGCCGUCACCUACCGAGUUGAGAAGACCCUCGAUGACUGCGCCGACCAGAUCAUGCGAGAGAUGCAGCCCGCACCAGUUUUGAGGCCUGGCAAGUGCGUUACAGGCGUGUACGUUGACAACGUGCAGGUGAUCGGGGGCUGCGAAGGCGAUGCAGUAAGACAGAUGACAGAGAUUGAGAAGAGUUUUUGCGAAGAUAACAUACCUUUUGACGUCGAGUCAGGCGGCGGUCUUGAGAUGCAGACGCUUGGCUUGGUGUACCACUGGCGAGAACGACGACUUCGACAUGUAGCUCGGCGUGUCUGGCGUGCCUACUUAGCUGGCCAUGCCCUCCUGCGACGGCGUAAGCUGCGCGGACAUUCCCUACAGUGUUGGCUCGGCCACGUGGUGGACCUGAACCAGCUCUGCCCCGAGGCGAUGUCCGCUCUGAAUGCGUGCUGCCGCUUCAUCGAGGAGUCCCUGGAGGCGCCGAAGCGGGUGUGGCCGUCCGUGAAGUCGGAGAUCCGCUUCGCGAUGAACCUGCUGUUCUUGAUGGAGGUCGACCUCGGCGCCACCUACUCCGACCAGGUCUACUGCGGCGAUUCCUCUGGCCGCGGCUACGCUCUGCACGUGACGAAGGGCGAGCCCGGGGAGAUCCGCGAGGCUUGGAGAUGGCGAGAGCGCUGGCGAUAUCGGGACGUCCCCUCGCUGGAGGGCCAGGUUAACGAGGGCCUGGGCUACGUGCGGGGCCACGCGCCGGGCGUGGCGGCGGGCCCGCUGACCGCCUUCGGCCAGGACCUCCGGAGCCGGGCCGAGGCGCGCCCCAGGUCGCUGGCCCACGCUGCGCCCGCCAAGAGGGCCCGCGUCGGGGUGGCGCUCGACUCGGGGAUCCCCGCUUUGGACGAGCACAUCAACUUGAAGGAGGCGCGAGUGGCCCUGAUGGGGCUGCGAAUGCACUGCCGCUCUGUCAGGUUGCUGGGUUCGAAGCUGCUCACGCUCAGCGACAGCCAGGUCACCGUGGGGGCCUUCGAGAAGGGCCGCUCUGGCGCGGGCCUGCAGGCACUGUGCCGGCGCGCGGCCGCCUACCGCCUGGGGGGCCAGAUCACGUGGCGGCUCCGCUACAUCGAGACGGAUCGGAACCCGAGCGACCUCGACUCGCGCCAGUGGGGCGCCGAGCUGCCCGCCAAGCAGAGCCCAGCGCUGGAGCAGCCGCCCCCGGCAUUUGCGGCGGCGCAG